UCUUGUUGAGUUGCCUCUUGACACUGUGUGUGAUGUUCCUCUCGACUAUAUGCAUGUUGUUCUGUUAGGUGUUGUGAAAAAGCUUUUUUCCCUGUGGCUUUCAGGUCCUUUAAAUGUUCGACUGGGACCACUUCAACGUCAUACUUUCAAUGAGCAAAGCACAGCCUUGCGUCUCUACAUCCCGCACGAAUUUCCACGUAAACCUAGGGGUGUCGAUGAGUUAGAUAGGUGGAAGGCUGUUGAAUUUAGGCUUCUUCUGCUCUAUACAGGGCCUCUUCUUCUCAACGGCAUUCUCACAGAUGACAUUUAUAAACAUUUCUUGCUUCUCCAUGCCUCGCUGUCAAUUUUGGUUAACAAGCAGUUGUGCAGUCAUCAUGCUGACUAUGCCGGGGCACUUCUGAAACAUUUUGUUGCCAGUUUUGCCCAUUUGUAUGGAAAAGAGCACAUGUCGUUCAAUGUCCAUUGCCUGUCACACUUGUCUGAUGACGUCAAACGCCAUGGCGCAUUAGACUGCUUCAGUGCAUUUCCCUUUGAAAACAAUAUGAAGCAAUUAAAGAGGCACCUUCGCAAACAUGGGAAACCAUUACAACAACUUGCAAAUAGAAUGGCAGAGGCAAAUUCAGCUGCUUCUGAAGUGCCUUGCAGGCGAUAUGAUCCUACUCCCAGACAACCUUGUGAAAAUGGUCCACUCCUUCCCACAUGCUGUCUUCCAUGCUUCAAAACUCUGAAGUAUCAAAAUUUUGUGCUGAGCACAGAAGAGCCGGACAACUGCUACAUGCAGGGUGGACAUAUUAUUAUUGCAAGAAACAUUGCUUCCAUGAGGGGUACAGAAGAGAUUUGCAUCGUUGGUCAAGAAUUUUUGCAUAAAGAAGAUUUCUACACACACCCCUUUGAAUCUUCAAGACUUGAUAUUUAUAUUGUUUCAGGUCUUUCAGACCUCAAAGUGUGGCCUGUGAGCAAUGUGCGAAAAAUGGUCAAGCUCCCAUGGAAGAAGCAGUUUGUAGUAAUGCCAGAGUUGCAUACCGUUUAGUAUGUGUUCCAAGAUUAGCUCAUUUUAGUGUCGUGUUCUGUACUUUUUCCCUGUAGCAGUGAGGAACUUGCUCUGGUGCUGACUUUGCCCUGAACACUCUUAUCUGCCUUCACACAAGCUCUUGUAUGAGUGUGGUGAGAAGCCUGACUGGAAGUUUUUUUCUGGCUGUUGUAAAAUAAUUCUUCAGGCCACUAGACAGUGCCACAAUAGUGAGGAAUUUGGGCAUCUGCAGCUGUUGUAAAGUAUGUGUAUUUCUUUUGUUAGCUCAUAGCUGCUUGUUUCGAUUCCCAAGAAAUGUUGAGGAGUAUAGAUUGUUUUCCAAGCGUCUUACGUGGGGAUCCUUUGAAGCGUUUUAGCAGGACCAUUGACAACAGUUCUAUAAAAACUGCUGUGGCCUCCCUAUGUAGCAUCUUAUUUUGGUAUUUACCACAGCUAUAUUACUUGAACUUUGAAGGAAGUGUGGAGCUUGUUUUCUGCUGUUGCCAUGUAAACUUUUAAUCUCUCCUGAUUCUAAAGGUCUGGCUUCAUUUGCAAAUACAUUUCCUAUGGCUUGUCAACAAUGUUUUGUCUUGAGGUUUUAUUAUGUGGCGAUGAAGGCAUUUUGGUUCAAAAUUUAUUUUUGAACAGCCAACAUGACUAUGUUUUUGUCGUAUAGGUAGAUGUCUGGCUUUUCUGGCCAAACACUGAGAGCUAUAGCUUGACAAAGCUUGAAAAAUUAUUUUGAAACAUGCAUCUCCUAGACCAGGUCAGUGUAUUCUAUGUUCAACUUAAUUCUUGAUUAGCUCUCUGCUAUUGUGUAAUUGUGAAAGCCUGAUCAUGAUUGAGCAUGUAAUGGUAAGUUAUAUACAUAGUUUCCAUGGUACUAUUCUUAUUUGAAGCAACAAUGUGCUUAACUAGGAAGUGCUGCUUUGUGCAAUGCUGGCACUACAAUUCAGAAUUCUUUUACAGAUGAGCUAUGCUAUUGUGGAAUUCACUGCCUCUAAAGAGGUUGAAAUUGUGCCAACUACUUGGGUCACCGGGAGCAUGUGCGUCUGGCCGCAUAAUGUAAAAGUGGAGAAGGCUGGGAAAAUGGCACGGAAGCAGCAUCCACCACAGUCAUGGUGGAAGCAGUAUGAAAUUGCUGUGAAAGGUUUGUUUGGUAAGCGCAUUUCAGUCAACUUAAGUCUUAAGCCAGGGGUGAUUACAUUGAUCACAUUUUGCACUUUUUCAGUUACCUAUGAACAUGCCCGGAAAAAGCUAAAUGACAGUCAGUUCCAUUCAGACCUGGCCAGUGAAACUGAAAUGCCCCCAUUGAAGAGGCGUAGACGGCCACCAGCAGCCUGGAGCAACUCUGACAGUGAAGAAGAGGAGGGAGAAACUGCCACAAGCCAGCCAAGACUGCCAGCCAUUCCAAAUAAUUUUCCAUCUGGAAUAACCUCGAAUGAAGCAACAAGUCUGCCCACAUUUGGCCAGGGAGACAAAGGCACACCAGGGACCCAGUUGUCAGAGACAAACUCGCCACAAGGCAUGUCUGAUAACCACUCUGUUGAUGCAGGUGAACAGAUAGAGCAAGAACGGCCACAAAACACACCUCAUCAUUGUUGUGUAGAGAAGAACUUCCAGCGGCAUGUACUACGACUGCUGAACACGCUUCGCUUCAUGCUAGAACAACAAGCAGACACCCUGAACAAGUUGUGUGAUAUGCUACCUACUUCUUCAGUCACCGAAUGCGCAGAUCUCUUAAGCCAUCCACUAAGCAGUCUUGAAGAACUACAAGAGUUUGACGACAAGCUCGAUGCUGGAAAAUUUAAGAUCCUGGUUCAUGAGUUGACACAGCUUGGCGGGAAAGAUGCCUACUGGGCAACAAAAAGAAUCUUGUCAUAUUGCAUCACAGACGAGGUUGCGGCACAAUUUUCCUGGAUGGGUCGAAAAGGAAAACUGAGCUUCUCCGCCUUAAAGAUUGCUAAAGCCAUAGCAGAUGCUGCUCGCAAAGCGCCAAAUGCAACUGCUGCUGACGUUGAGGCCUCUAUCAAAUCGUGGCUCCGGCAUGCUCCCGAGCGCCUUGCCACCAAGUUUCAGAAGUCAAAGCCAAGACUACUUGAGCAGGCAGCAGAUACUGACUGAAACUGUCACCACGGCAGAGGGUCCAAGGCUUCCAGCUUCUGAUUCUCUGGUCAUUCUGUGGAUAUUGAUGGCAGCAGAUAGCCAAUGGCAAAGACAAGGACCAUGCACUGUUGGCAACCAGCUCAACCACAACUUCAUGGUGGUAUUUCUCAACCGAUGUGCCACCUCCACGCUUCAGUAUAAUACCUUUCCUUUAAAAAAUGUGAAGGGUGCUGUCACAAUUCGUGUUUUGCAGGUAGCAUCCACUUUAGGCAUUUGAGGUUAUGGGCAACAUAGUGUUUUUUUAUUUGAUGAAUAAUUUUUUUAAGAUACAGCUGAACUAAAGGACAUUGCAAGUUUGACUUUUGACUUGUGUCCACAGUAUAAUGUAUGUAUGUUAUCCACUGUUAUUGUGAUCCUCAAAAUCAUGUGCAGUUUCUGUUGCAUUGUUACCAAGUGCUUUGGAGACUGUUGCCGUCAUACGAGAUAGGUGAAAAUGUCUAGUCAGCUGUAAAAGCUGUACAGGUCUAGUUUCUACGUAUUGCCCACUCCUCUGGAACACACGGUAACUCUCCUUCCAUUGCUACUUUCUAUACCUGCCUUCAGGCAGCAACACAAGCUUAUGCUAGUGCCACUUUGGAAGCAGCUUGCAUUCCUGGAAACGAAGGCAACUUUACAUUGUUUACUUAAAAGCCAGUUAAGUAACUGCCAUGUAUUAAAUUGAAUGAUCCAGACCAUAAAAUGCUCUUUUUCCCUAAUUUGAGCAAGGAUGGAGAACCAAUAAGUGCAAAUUUUUAAAUAGGAACUUAAGCUAAAUAUUGUUGCUCUUGCAUGUAUGCUUACCAUUUGUAACAGUUUCUAGCACUUUGAGGCAGUAUCUGCGUUAUAAGGUUUGCUACCAAACUCUUGAAUGCAGAGUUCUGAGUCGUGAUGCCGAUUCCACAGAAUCGUCGAAUAGUUCGUCAGGUGAUUCAGAUGAUUUGCCUGGAGCCUCAUCUCAAAACUUGCAUUUUUCUUCUGUGCCCGUUGUUUCAUCAGAUGAAGUAGCACCGCAAAAAGAAAGCUUUCGAGAGGCACUGCGUCAGUGGGCUGUUGAGAAUAACAUCAAGCGAAAAGCAUUAAACCAGCUAUUGAAGCUGCACAAACGUUACAGCAUCUUUUCCGAACUUGACCUCCCUGAUGACGCGCGUGCAUUCCCAAAACGCCGCGACUAGAAAACACCGAGUACCCCGUGGUGGCCCUGUCUCCGGGCGAAUAUUGUCAUUUUGGUCUCACUGCCGGGCUUAAACAUUCGUUGCAAUUCAUGAAAGACCCUCCUAGUAUUGUUUCACUCAUUGUCAAUGUAGAUGGUUUGCCCCUUGCAAAAAGCUCAAGAAUGCAACUUUGGCCUAUACAAUGUAGAGUUAGUAACUGUGGUGAGGGCUUUGGGCCAUUUGUUAUUGGGGCUUAUGCCGGACCUUCAAAGCCACAUUUAUCCAAUGAUUUUUUGAGAGCUUCAGUUGAUGAGUUGCAGUAUUUGCUGGCAAAUGGGCUUGUUGUCAAUGGCAAGCCAAUCGAGGUUUGUCUGCAGGCUCUUGUUUGUGAUGCGCCAGCACGGUCUUUCGUAAUGAUGACCAAAGGCCACAGUGGCUACAGUGGCUGUCCCAAGUGCUGCAUUGAGGGUGCAUACAUUGGAGGCAAGGUUGUGUUCCCGGAUUCAGACUGCCCCCUCCGCACAGAUGCUAGCUUCAGGCAGCAGCGCAACUCCGAGCAUCACAGAGGAACGUCAAUUCUUGUCGAGUUGCCUCUUGACACUGUGUGUGAUGUUCCUCUCGACAAUGCACGUUGUUCUGUUAGGUGUUGUGAAAAAGCUUUUUUCCCUGUGGCUUUCAGGUCCUUUAAAUGUUCGACUGGGACCACUUCAACGUCAUACUUUCAAUGAGCAAAGCACAGCCUUGCGUCUCUACAUCCCGCACGAAUUUCCACGUAAACCUAGGGGUGUCGAUGAGUUAGACAGGUGGAAGGCUGUUGAAUUUAGGCUUCUUCUGCUCUACACGGGGCCUCUUCUUCUCAACGGCAUUCUCGCAGAUGACAUUUAUAAACAUUUCUUGCUUCUCCAUGCCUCGCUGUCAAUUUUGGUUAACAAGCAGUUGUGCAGUCAUCAUGCUGACUAUGCCGGGGCACUUCUGAAACAUUUUGUUGCCAGUUUUGUCCAUUUGUAUGGAAAAGAGCACAUGUCGUUCAAUGUCCAUUGCCUGUCACACUUGUCUGAUGACGUCAAACGCCAUGGUGCAUUGGACUGCUUCAGUGCAUUUCCCUUUGAAAACAAUAUGAAGCAAUUAAAGAGGCUCCUUCGCAAACAUGGGAAACCAUUACAACAACUUGCAAAUAGAAUGACAGAGGCAAAUUCAGCUGCUUCUGAAGUGCCUUGUAGGCGACAUGAUCUUGUUCCCAGACAACCUUGUGAAAAUGGUCCACUCCUUCCGACAUGCUCCUAUGCUUCCAUGCUUCAAAACUCUGAAGUAUAAAAAUUUUGUGCUGAGCACAGAAGAGCCGAACAACUGCUACAUGCAGGGUGAACAGAUUAUUAUUGCAAGAAACAUUGCUUCCAUGAGGGGAUUUGCAUCAUUGGUCAAGAAUUUUUGCAUAAAGAUUUCUACGCACACCCCUUUGAAUCUUCAAGACUUGAUAUUUGUAUUGUUACAGGUCUUAAAAAGGGUCUGGUUACUUGAAAGCCAGUUAAGUAACUGCCAGGUAUUAAAUUGAAUGAUCCAGACCAUAAAAUGCUCUUUUUGCCUAAUUUGAGCAAGGAUGGGGAACCAAUAAGCGCAAAUUUUUAAAUAGGAAUUUAAGCUAAAUAUUGUUGCUCUUGCAUGUGUGCUUACCAUUUGUAACAGUUUCUAGCACUUUGAGGCAAUAUCUGUGUUAUAAGUUUUGCUACCAAACUCUUGAAUGCAGAGUUCUGUAUUUCUAAGCAAGUAAUUUCGUACUCGAGAAGGUCACUUUUUUUUUUAAACUACUGACAGAACUUUGUUCUGCAGUUGUGCACAUAGUGAAGUUCGUGGUUAUUUGUUUGCACUGUUAACUGGAUUCAAUGUUCAGAUAUUGUGAAAAUAGUUCUAUAAGUUAAAUUCUCCUGCUGCAGCUGUAUUGUAAUAUGUUAAUAUAGCCCUCAACUGCUAUGCAGAGCUUAUGAUACUACAGUCACUCCCAAAGUGUAAUCAGUGGCUGUAUUGUGAUGACUAAAGCACUUUACUUAUAGUAAGCUCAACAGCUCUUACAUGACUUGUUCUCUGUUGCAAAUGAUGCGAUACAUUUUUAUUCUUAGCAAUAGUAAUGUUAAAUUUCUUUAUUCAACUUCUCUUGCUAUAUAAUGCAGUAUUUCCCAUAGUGAGUGGCAGUGGCUGCAUUUUUUUUUUUGAGGUAGUGUGUAAAACAAGGUGGCCUGUGUGCAAUUAUGUGUAUGUUUAAUCCAAUCUAGUCAGAAUCUGUAAGCUAAUGGUGUGCUUGGCCCACAUGUCCCAGCUAUGCUUGGUUUUUCUUAAUUUAUUGUCAUAAAACUGAACUUUUAGAUGUUUUAUGCCCUCACUUUUUAGUAGGGUUGACAGAGUAGAGCCUCUGGUCUUUGUUUUGGAAUUUAAUGUCUUUAAAUGUUUUUAGAUGUAUGUCUCAUGCGCUCAUAUUUUAGUUACCUUAGUGGUUUAUUUUGAUAUGUAGAAGCCAUGUCCAUUUGUACGGAUAUUGUGCUUCUUGGUGAGAAUAAGGGCUGUGACAGAUUGAUGGCAUUAGGUUUCUUUGAAGGAAAGUGCCCUUAUGUAUUGUUUCUGGUGGCAAGAGACAAGUCUCUCAUCAUAUCAUGCUUUGGAGUAUAUAUAUUUAGUGAAAUCUAGUCGGAAUCUGCAAGCUAAUGAUGGGCUUGGUCCACAUGUCACAGCUAUGCUUGUUUUUUUUUGGUGGUUUUUAAUUUGACAUCAUGAAACUGAACUUUUAUUUGUUUUAUGCACUCACUUUGUAACUGGGUUGAUGCAACAGAGCUCGUUGUGUUUAUGUUGGAAUUUAAUGCCCUUAAAUGUUUUUAGAUGUGUCUUAUGCACUCAUCUUUUAAUAAAGUUGCUUUAGAGGUU